AUGUCUCAAUUCCAGACGACGAAUCCCGCUGAAGAGAUGAACGCUCUUGGUUUCGCCGGACUACCGGCAGAUAUUCUCGAUCUUCUCGGCAAAGAGCAUCUCGACAGUCCGGACUUCUUCAAUAUGCGCCUAACCUGCCGCAGCGUUCAGGCCAAGACGUUCCACGCCUUUGGCAAGCGUUAUUUCCACCACGUCAAGUUCAUGCUGUCUCCGCAUAGCCUGGCGGCCCUCGAGGCAAUCUCCAAGAGCGAGUUCUCUAGCUUCAUACGCCAUGUCGGCAUUGGAUUGGAGCGCCUCCACACCAACAAAGAUCAUACAUUUCAUCACCUCGCUUAUAGCAAGGAUAAGAGAGGAUGGCUCAAGAAGUAUGACCAGACAUACGAAGAUGAAGUCCGCAAGCAGCAAGAGAUGGAGCAGAACAAGACAAACCUGAAGAUCCUCGUCAAAGUAUUCAGGACUCUUCCCAACCUGAAGACAGUUGGUGUUGGUGGCCCCAGCAUAAAGAGCCAAGCAGCGGAACGAAUCUGGGAUACAGAGAACAUGCAGAGCUGGGGUACGGAGCACAUGCUCAGGAAGUUGGGCGCAGAAGACGACAGGGCUGACAGGAAGCGUGAACCUCGAUACGCCAAGGAUAGGAUCUAUAGAUGUAAAAAAGCGCCGGAACGACAGACGAUACUGUACGAUGAAGAGAAGAAACAUCGGACGUUUGGUAUCGUCUUCAAGGCCUUCGUGGCGGCUGCCGACCGGGGCCUUAAGCUGGAUCUGUAUAUCCCGGAGUUCUGGACGUGGUAUUCAGCAGAAGAAGCUAUCCCUUCCUCCCUCUUCUCCCUCAAAGGCUCGAACGUUGAGAAAGCCCUGAGUCGCAUUGGCUCUUUGACAGUGAACUUGACCGACGUCUAUGGCGACGGAGACGAGGAAAAGCAGCUCCUAGACACUUGGAUCGAAGGAUUGUGCCGGCAAGCUAAGUCUGCGACAUCCAUCCAACUCUGCCAGGAAUUUGGCCACAGCCAGAACCUCGACUACUUCUUUAAGCCGCUCGCUGAAGGUGGCUACACGCAGCUCAAAAGUCUGCGGGUCAGCUGUGUUGAGAUCGAGCUACAGCUGCUCUUGGGAGCGUUGAGGAAGCUGUCUCCCACGAUCGAGGUCAUCUACCUCUCUACCUUCAACAUCACGAAAGCCGGAUACGAUCCCAUCAUAAUGUAUGAUGAGUCCUACGGCAGGUACGACAAAUGGGGGGACGUCUACAAGCUGCUGCAAGACUUGCGAAAGCUGAAGACGUUAUCGCUGGCGUAUCUCACUGAGUAUCGCGGACCCAUCAAGGAGGAGACCACGGACGACAACUCAGAGGGGGAAGCGAUUGCUGCUCUUGUGGGCCCUAUUGCUACUGCAAUUGCUGACGAUAACAAGAAAGAUGGGUACUGGAAAUAUCAACGGGCGUGGAAGGAUUAUCUCGUAGUCUACGGCCACCAGAAGAUCGUGGACGCCCUUGGACGCGCUAUCAAGGACAAUGAAGAAACAAUCACCCAGGACUAUUGGGGGCGUCGUGGUUGCAAGAAGUUCCGCGCCGUACGCGUUCGCAAACUUCGCUCUUAGUGUUGUUUCAACCGGUGAGAGGCGAACGCGGUGGAGAAGGUUUGAGUGGAGAAGGACCCUAGAUAGUUAAUAGGGCUGGCGAGUUCUUAGAAGCUGUGGUAGAGCGACUAGGAAAGUUAGCUUGUGGGGCAGAUGGAGUGAUUUAGCUGCGGCUGCUGGUGGGUGUUGGUCGGCUGCUUAGGUUCAUUAGGGGCUUACUCACAACGGAGAGAAGGCAAAGAUGUUCGUAUAUCCGAGCCAGAGGC